AUGGCGAAAGAAACAAAGGAUCUGGAAGCCGCCAUCCACGACCAGACAAACCUGGUUCCACUACGGGAGCGCUUGACGAUAUUCUUUACCCUCGCAUUCUGCAUGUUUUUAUGCUAUGUCGACCAAAAUGGCAUCACCGUUCUUCUGCCCAGCAUCGCGAGGGACUUGAAUGCUGCAGACACUAUCGCUUGGGCCGGCACGUCGGCCUUGAUCGCAAAUACUGUAUUCCAGGUCCUCUAUGGCCGUCUGUCUGAUCUAUUUGGUCGCAAGAAGAUUUUCAUCGGAUGUCUUCUACUUCUGGCCGUCUCGGACUUGGUAUGUGGCUUGACACCUAACAAGGAGGUCCUGUAUGUCUUUCGCGGUAUAUCCGGUAUCGCCAACGGUGGUAUCGUGGCUCUGGUCAACAUGAUCAUGUCAGAUGUGAGCAUGCCCAAGGUCAACUUCCGGGAGACCAUGGCUAAGAUCGAUUGGCUCGGCCUCUUCUUCUGCACCACCGCUAUCAUCCUUAUUCUCAUCGCCAUAUCCGAUGGCGGUCACGGUACACCUUGGAACUCGGCCGGGACAAUCUCGAUGCUGGUGAUUGGCGGCAUCAGCGCCAUAGCCUUCAUCAUCGUUGAGUGGAAAUUUGCAAAGCUUCCAAUGAUGCCACUAGAUAUGUGGCAAAAUCCGUCAGUGGCUUGCAUGUUGGUGCAAUCCUUCUUGCUCGGCAUGAACUACUACUCUCUGAUAUAUUAUCUGCCGUUGUAUUACCAAAAUGUUGGUGGGUACAAUGUUAUGAGGUCAGCGGUACUCAUUCUGCCUCUGGUUCUGGUACAAGCCACAUUCUCCGCGCUUGGUGGACAGUACAUGUCCUUUAUCGGCCACUACAUCGAGGUCAUAUUCGCUGGCUUUGUUGUUUGGACUCUAGGCUCAGGCUUAUUGGUCUCUCUCGAUGCUAAUUCUCCUGUUGGCCAUAUUUGCGGCUUCAUCGUUAUGGUUGGCUUUGGUUGCGGCUGCACCUUCCAGACAACCAAUACUGCCAUGCAAGCACAUUGUCCCAAAUCACAACGUUCAGUCGUCAUUUCCAAUCGAAUGCUGCUGCGUCAGCUGGGAGGUGCAGUCGGUCUGGCCAUUUGCUCGGCCAUCUCAGGCAAUGUUCUAGAAUCAAGCCUGCCGCCACAUCUUCAAUACAUUGCCGAAUCCACGUUCGCUGUGCCUGAUCUGAACACUGUCAGCGCUGCCGAUCGAACAAGCAUCAGUACGGCAUAUGCAAACGCAAGCCGUACUGUCUUUAUAUUCUGCGUGGCGGUUAUCGGAAUAGCGCUCUUGCUUACGUUCUUCGUCACUGACAAGGGACUGGUGAGACAAGAAGACGUGGUCGAAGAAAAGGUCCGUGAGGCAGAGAUGGAACAUUCAGAUCACGAUUCAGAGAAAGAGGUUGGCGAUGAGAAGAAACCCAGUCUCGUGUCACGAUUCAAGACAUGGAGAGAUUCGCUGGUAAAGAAUGAAGAUGCUGCUAAAGACAGCAAGGGUCCACCUAUACCACUAAAACCUUUGAAUAGAGAGAAGGUCUCUGCAGAUUCGUCGUCGAAAAGUUCUCUAGAUACCAAAUAG